ACUUGGAUCCAACAUAUAGUGAAAAUUCAUACACUAAUAUAACAUCAAUAUUCAAAUAUUCAAUUUAGAAUUCCAAAAUAUAAGGUUAGACGAAAAGGAAAACAGGAAAAUAUGCGCAUUUCACAAAUUGAAGGAAAAAAUCGACAUUGUGUGACCUGACUUCCAACCAGAUAACCUAGCAACGGGUUGACCCGGGUGGGUGUGUGCGACUCGUUUUUUUUCUCACCGAAUCAGGAUAAAAUUGGUCAACCGACGAGUCGGCAACCUUGGCCCAAAAGGAACCAACAAACCCGAGAAAAAGCUCCGAGACUCCUUGGGCCGAAAGAAAGCGAACUCAUAAAGGCAGGGAGGCCCGAGAAGGAUGGCCCAAGAAUCAAAAGGCCCAGUUGCGAAAGAAACAGGCACGCUGGUCUGGUCUGCUUCUGGCUUUUUUUUGCUUUAUCGGUUGCUUGGCUUAAUGGCUUCCUUCCAUUUCCAUCUUCCUCUCGCAGAAGAAGAAAGACAAAUAAAUAUGUACACAGUAGAACCAAGAAAUAUAAACAUGCAAAAUCCAACACAAAACGGAGCCAUCGAACAACCAUAAAAAAGGCCAGAGCGAGGGAGAAUCAGGGAAGAGAGAGAGAGAGAGAGAGAGAUUGAGGAGAGAGAGCGGACUCAGAAGAAGGAAAAAAGUGGAGAAAAUUUGACAAAUUACACAGAGAAGAAACGAAACAAAAAAACGAAGUCGAUCUGCUCCGCCACCGCCUCCUCCUCCUCCGCCCUCGAUCUUCGCCGGCGCCUGAGGUCCGUUUUCCUGCUUCCCUUCCCUUCCCUUCCUCCCCCAAAACCAACAAAAAAUUUCGUACUUCUUCUUCUCGUUCAACUAGUUUAUUCGAACUUUCACCUGAAUGUCAAGCCCUAUUUCGCGUAUUCCAUUUAUCUACUUCCUCCCCUCCCGCCCCAUGGUUCCUAGCAGCUGAUAUAGCCUCUCCAGCUCCCUUCUCACUGAUUCUUAUCGUCAUCUAUCAGUAGAGCAUGCACGAGUUUCUCGUUCGCUUUGUAGCGGCGUUUAUGUAAGCCGCGCUCAAUUUUGAAUGCCGCGCCCUAUUUGGUUUACUGAAUCGGGUCACUGUAAGGAGCCCUAAUUCGGCUGCCAAUUUUUGCUGCCCAUCUCACCCUCCCUUUUAGUUUUAGUUUAUCUGUUUGACCUCGAGCUCUCUAUUUGUAAUUCUUUAGAGGUUUGAUUGUUUUUGGUGUUGUUAGAGUGAAAGACGUUUUGGGUCUAGUGAAAGAGUUUUAAUUUGAUGCAUUCGUUUCUUCCGUUACCCGUGCUUUAACAGGCAAUUUGAUGGUUGAAUGGUAGUUGUGGAUUCUUGGAUAUGGGUUUUGAGUUUUUGAACUUUUAUGGGAUAUUGAUUUAGUAUCUGUGCAAAUACAGCUCGAAUCUGGGUGGUGAUGGCUGUUCAAGCACCUCCGAGGCCAGUCAUGGAUGAUAUGGAUGAUGAUGAUGCCCCAAUAGUUUUUAGGAGGGGUGGCAACUCAGCAUCUAGGCAAAGCCAAUUAAAUGCUGAAGCUAAGAAGAUGCCGUCUUCAUCUCAAAAUGCCAAUGGCCAAAGCUCAAAUGGGCAGAGGAAUAAAGCUCCAGUUGCUUCUUCCAGGUCACCCCCGGUUAAGUCUCCCAUAGGGAGCCCUAGAGCCUCAACUUCUUCUAUAAAGGCUUCUCCCUUGCGGUCUCCUGUAACAAAUUCUAAAUCGCUAAUGUCCUCGGAGACAAGGCAAAUGCCUAAGCAGAAUGCUUCGCCUGCUGUCAAGGUGGAGGUUAAGUCUGUCAAAUCUGAGAACAAGGCUCAGGUCGAUGAUGAGGAUUCUGAGGAUGAUAAGCCCUUGAAUUUCAGAUUGAAGGGAGCUGCCAACAAUGCUAAGAAAGAAGUUGGUGGUCCCAGUCAUGUGAAAAAGGAAGACUCUGAUGAUGAUGAUGAUCUCCCUUUGGCCUCUAGGAUGUCAGCUAAACCUAACCAUUCGAGUGAAAAGAAACCUUUAGCAUCAAAACUUCAGCAGAAUGGCAGCUCAACUUCGAAUGUGAACAAGAUGAAAACUCCGGUUGUGCCAAACAAGAGGCCUAUGGAGAAGAGUAGUUCUUCGCAACAAUCCUCUGUAAAAAAGCCAAAGCUUUCUGUUCCGUCUUCCACCACACAAGUCAAACCUACGGCAGUUAAAGCAGAGGUGAAGGCUGACGAUGAUGACGAUCUUCCGAUCUCCCACAGGAUCAAGAAGGCAACGAUGUCAGAAAGAAAACCAUCGUCUGCAAACCCAAAAGCAACCAAAGUGGUCUCUUCUUCGUUCAAGAAGGCCAAUAUGAAGAACGCAAAACAAAUGAAAAAUUCGAAGUUUAUCAAGUCAACAAAAGUCCAACCGGGUUCUACUGAUGGCCAGAGAAAAUGGACUACCUUGGUUCACAACGGUGUAAUUUUUCCUCCUCCAUACCAGCCUCAUGGGAUUAAGAUACUUUACAAGGGGAAGCCAGUUGAUUUAACUCCUGAACAAGAAGAGGUUGCCACUAUGUUUGCGGUGAUGAAAGAUACCGACUACAUGCAAAAACCAAAGUUCCUUGAUAACUUCUGGAAUGAUUGGCGUAGGAUACUAGGGAGGAACCAUGUAAUACAGAAGUUGGAUGAUUGUGAUUUUUCACCAAUAUAUGAUUGGCAUCAGCAGGAGAAAGAGAAGAAAAAACAAAUGAGUACAGAAGAGAAGAAGGCGGUCAAAGAACAAAAAUUGCAGCAAGAAGAGAAGUAUAUGUGGGCUAUAGUGGAUGGUGUUAAGGAAAAAGUUGGGAACUUUAGAGUCGAGCCCCCUGGUUUGUUUCGAGGCCGUGGAGAGCAUCCUAAGAUGGGAAAGCUCAAGAGACGCAUUAGACCUAGGGAUAUCACCAUAAACAUAGGGAAGGAUGCUCCUGUUCCAGAAUGUCCAAUUGCUGGUGAAAGCUGGAAAGAGAUAAAACAUGAUAACACCGUUACAUGGUUGGCUUUCUGGAAUGAUCCUAUCAACCCCAAAGAAUUCAAGUAUGUGUUCUUGGCAGCCAGCAGUUCGUUAAAAGGGCAAAGUGACAAGGAGAAAUAUGAGAAGGCUAGGAUGCUGAAGGACUACAUACACAACAUCAGGGCAGCUUACACGAGGGAUUUCAAUAGUAAGGAUAUUGUAAAACAACAAAUAGCAGUUGCUACCUAUCUUAUUGAUAAGCUAGCUCUAAGGGCGGGUAAUGAGAAGGAUGGUGAAGAAGAAGCUGAUACUGUCGGUUGCUGUACGUUAAAAGUAUCCAACGUAGAGUGCAUCCCUCCCAAUAUGAUAAAGUUUGACUUUCUUGGUAAAGAUUCAAUUCGUUAUGAGAACACGGUUGAAGUUGAGCUUCCUGUGUUCAAAGCAAUUGGGAAGUUCCAAGCUGGAAAAGGGGAAAAUGAUCUCCUUUUCGACGAGCUGGAUACAAGUAAACUGAAUGCCCACUUGAAGGAACUCAUGCCUGGGCUUACAGCAAAAGUGUUCCGUACCUAUAAUGCUUCAAUCACAUUGGAUCAACAAUUGUAUGAAGAAACAGAAGAUGGUGAUGUUGCAGAGAAGGUUGUUGUUUAUCAAAAAGCAAACAAGCAGGUAGCAAUCAUCUGCAAUCAUCAGCGUACUGUCUCAAAGACUCACGAUUCGCAAAUGUUGAGGUUGACUGAGAGGAUUGAGACUGCCAAGCAAGAACUGAAAGAGCUGAAAAUUGAUUUGGAGAGGGCCAAGAAGGGAAAGUCACCUCUCAAGGGAGCAGAUGGAAAGCAAAAGAGGAACUUGAGUCCCGAAGCCAUAGCGAAAAAGAUAGCAUCUGCCAACCAAAAGAUUGAGAAGUACGAAAUGGAUAUGACGACAAAAGAGGAUCUGAAAACCGUGGCACUCGGCACCUCCAAAAUCAACUACCUGGAUCCUAGGAUCACAGUUGCAUGGUGCAAGAGGCAUGAAGUUCCCAUUGAGAAGAUAUUCAACAAGUCGCUUCUGGCAAAGUUUGCCUGGGCAAUGGAUGUUGAACCCCAGUUCAGAUUCUGAUGGAAGGGAAAAUCUGGGAAGUGGUGCUCACACAACCCUCCCACUUGCAAAAAGAGCAGCAUAAAAUUGAAAAAUUACCCAGAAAAUGAAACAAGGAGAAGAAGAGAAAGGACCAAUCAAUCCAGCUUCUUUUGAUGAUCCAUUACAGCUUUUCAAUUCACAAUUUUUUUAAUCAAUUUCUUUUCUCAUUUGGGUCUCCCAGUUUUAACUCUGAGCUGCUGGGAAAGGUCGAUGCUGUAUGUUCAAUGUUCUAAUCUAAUCAUCGAGUACUUGCUUACAUAUUUGCUGCCAUUGUCCCUGCCCACUUCUUGCUUCCCUUUUCUUCUUCACCAAUUCCAUGAAUUGGAUGCCUGUCUUGUAGCAGCAAGCAACCCUUUCUUCUUCUUCUUCUUCCAGAGUUUGAUGUAAAGGAAUGGCCGGAAGUAAGGACUAUGAAAUAGGUGCUGCUAAACUGCAGAGGAAUUCUGAUGAAUGCUUGAUUAUGUAUUUUAUGAGGACAUUGUUAUGGUUGUCUGUCUCAGAUUUACUAACAGUUUAUAGACAGGAAAAUCAAAGCCUGCCAAACUA